AUGCGUAAGAGCGUGAAUGUGAGUGAUGUGGAGCAAUUUCUAACGACUGUGCGCGACAUUGGAAACCAGUCGCUCGUGUACCUUAUGAAGUGGCUGUACAGGAAACCCACUAAGACGGAACAGGACCUGGUUGAGAUGGCGACCGAGGCGGAGCAGCUAAGGAAGGGCUUCGGCAACGUAUCGAAGGCGUUGCUGCAGCGUUUACGUGUUAAGGACCUGAAGAUUGUCGCGGACCGCUACGGAUGGACGUUGCUGAUGCAAGCGACCAGCGGAAGACUAUAG